AGCGAUGCACAGUGAUUCUGAUUCACUGAGCACACAACAUCCCACUAAACCAUCUCAACUGUCGCUUUUCUCUUUUUCUGUGGAUGCCCUUGUAUUGAAGGAAAAAAUCUGAGGAGGUAUACACAAUAUUUUUUUUCGCGCAAGGAUUUAUUUAUACAUUCUCUGGCACUCCAAACGCCAACAGAUUGUGUUUGGUCUCCUUGCAAAGGGUCACUUGGGAAAAUCGACCCGUCUUGUGGCACUCCUGACCCACUUGGAAGAUUUGUAGACUGCGGACGUUUCGUGAAAUAGGACACACGGACGGACAACUGCGGUUUAUGCGUGUUCCCGUUCAUAGAAGAUAAAACCGGACUGUUGCUGCAAGAACUGACACAGAGAAAUAACAAACAAUCAACUCAAAACAUGAGCUGCGCAAUGUUGCGACACGCGCUCGCUUUGCUCUUGGCGUUGCUGUGGAAAGGGCCCACCGGUGCUCAGGCGGCCGAGUUCGGACACUUGCCCGACAACAUUACCGUGCUGGAAGGAGAAAACGUAGUUUUGAGAUGCAAGAUAGACGAGGAGGUCACUCACAAGGCAUGGUUGAACCGCUCCAACAUCUUAUUUACGGGCACAGAUAAGUGGUCCCUGGACUCCCGCGUCUCCCUGGUGAACAACAACAACAGCGACUUCUCCAUUAAGAUUGAGCGAGUGAUGGUGGCAGACGAGGGACCCUACACAUGCAGCUUCCAGGCCAAAAACCAGCCCCGUACGGCCCACGUCUACCUCAUCGUUCAGGUGCCAGCCCGGAUAGUGAACAUCUCGCAGGAUAAAUCGGUGAAUGAAGGCGAUGACGUCAAUCUUUUUUGCCUGGCGGUGGGCAGACCAGAGCCAACCGUCACCUGGAAGGACUUCAGAUACGGUCUCAUGAGCGAAGGCGAGUUUCUGGAAAUCACAGAAAUCAAGCGGCAUCAAGCGGAGGAUUUUGAAUGCAUCACCAACAAUGGCGUAGCUCCGCCAGACACGUACCGCGUCAAGGUCACAGUCAACUAUCCACCAGUAAUCACAGACGUAAAGAACAUGCCCGCCCAGCUGGGAAAAACUGCAAUCUUACGCUGUGAAGCUAUGGCGGUGCCCACCGCAUCCUUCGAAUGGUACCGGGAUGACCGAAGGCCGGUAGAGAGCGAUAACACGCUGAAGAUUAAAAACGAGAAAACACGUUCCCUGCUGCUCUUCACCAAUGUCACAGAAAAACACUUUGGCAACUACACCUGUUUCGCCUCCAACCGCCUCGGGGCUUCCAAUGCCAGCAUGCUACUCUUCAGGCCCGGGGCCGUGUACGGCGGAGCGGCGUCUCUGAACGGCCGUUUAUCAGGAGUCGGCCUGUGGUUCUGCCUCUCCAUCUCUGUUCUGAUGAAGGUCUAAAACUUUCCCGCUUCGGAAGGAAUCUUUAAAUACGAACCCAUCACUGUGAACAAAAAGAAAUUAUGCAUUAAUCCAGGAGCCAUCACUACAUCACUCGGUCAUUCCUUCCUCUUCCCAUUCACGCCCGGUCGCAUAUCACUGCUUCACUCCUCCCUCCCGUCGCCAACGAUGGUCACCUUUUAUCGUCCAAACCUGAAAUGUGAUGCAAAUGAUGUGAACGACAAGUGUAAUGCCAGUUGGGUGUCUCUUGAUGUGCGUGCUGGACAUGCUGGUUGUAAAGUGACGUGUCGACGAUGACUGUUGCGAUGUCCGGGUGAACCGGUCAAAGCUGUUCACCAGCGGGCCCGUCGGUUCCCGACACAGAGAUCCGAGCUGAACGGUGGUGCAUUCUGACGUGCGUAGCUACUAUGAAUGAUGUCAAACCACAUGUUUUCUUUCUAGCAAGGAGGGCCGUGUCAUCUCAGCCCCUCGUUUGCGUUCGUUUGGGCUCUCGACCCAAAGCAAACAUCUGACCCGCGUCCAGCCCUCAUAUUGUCCUCAGUCUGUCCAUCACUCAGAUCGUCGGUCCUUCACACUCAGUGUAAAUAUAUAUGCAGUAGAGGCUACAUUUACACUACAUUUCCCAUCAGCCUCUCUGUUUCAGCCUUUCGGCUCGGAGGAUAUUGCUGCCUUUAAGUCACAAUGGAAUGGUCGUAUUUACGAGAUUUACAACCGAAAUGUCAUUAUUAGCCGAGAAUCAUUGGUAUUGAUCGUAAGAAGUUUAGUUUGUACACAUUUAGUGUUGUUUUCUUGUGUUUGACGGAAAGUUAAAAAAGAGAAGUGCUUUAAAUUACUUUUCAAACUUGUUGCAAAGUAUAAAAAAUAGAUGUAGUGUUGGAAAUGUAAGUAUUUGGACACUUUUUGGUUGUCGAAUGUUGGUUAAUAAAAUAAACGUAAAAAAAUAUACAGCUGUAGAUGUCACUCAUCCGCUAAAACUCAUUUUUAAUGUGCAAAUACAGUUUAGAAAAGUCAGAAAGAGUGCAACUUUUCGAAUUAUUUGAAUACAUCAUUGCAACUCAUUAACAAGAGUGCAACUUUUCAGUAUUUUUUAAUGCAUCAUUGCAACUAUUGAGUGCAACUUUUCCGAAUUAUUUUAAUGCAUCAUUGCAACUCAUUAGUAAGAGUGCAACUUUUUAUAAUCAUUUAAAUGCAUCACGGCAACUCAUAAGAGUGCAACUUUUCCGAAUUAUUUGAAUGCAUCAUUGCACCUCAUAAGAGUGCAACUUUUCCAAAUUAUUUAAAUGCAUAAUUGCAACUCAUUAGUAAGAGUUCAACUUUUCAUAAUUAUUUAAAUGCAUCACGGCAACUCAUAAGAUUGCAACUUUUCAGAAUUAUUUGAAUGCAUCAUUGCAAAUUAAAAGUAAGAGUGCAACUUUUCAUAAUUAUUUAAAUGCAUCAGUGCGACUCAUAAGAGUGCAACUUUUCAGAAUUAUUCAAAAGUGUCGUUGCAACUCGUAAGUAGGAACUUUCCACAAAGACUUGAAGGCAGCAGAAGUUUCUGGCGUCUCCUGGCCUGAAACGGUUCAUUGACUUCUUGUUGCUUGUGGAUAGCAUGUACCGGUUAGAAAUGUCCCUCUUGUGACCUCACUUCCUGCACCGACCCCGUUUAACCCCCUGCACUGUGUACAUUUUAAUCUGCAAGGUUAACUGCUAUUGCUUUUUUGGUGUUAAUAAUGAUUAUAAUGAUGAUGAUGAUGAUGAUGACAAUGUUAAUAAGUAUUUGAAUAAAUAUGAUAGUAAUUCCAUGUGAGAAAAAAACGUCAGAGCUGAUCGCAAGCCAUGUGUGUGAAAAUAUUUUGUACUAAAAAUCACUGAAUUCAUCGAACGGCAAAAAGAAAAAAAAACUUUUUGAAGUAUCAUGCUCUGUUUUACCAUGAUUAACUUUUUUAAAAUGGAAGUAAUUUCAACUCGUCCGUAAAAGAGCAAUCAGUGAAAUGUGAGGGUGCUUACACGCUAGACGGAUCUGUUUUGAGCAUGUGAAAAUGGCCGUAGAAACACAAAUUGAACAAAUAUACAGUACGAAGUGCAGUAUUGCUUUUUCAAACCGUUGCAUUUGUCAAACGUCUUUAUCAUGCACCAUUCCCAUUGAGCUCAGUGCAUUUGCAUUGUAAACUCUAGCGUGUAGGCAUCCUAAUAUCAUUUCAAAUGUGUACUGUAUUUUUUUUCCAUGCUGUUGAUGACUGUAAUGUAUGAUAUAUUCUGCAGUAAUGAUGUAAUGCUCAUGUCUGCCUCGAUGACAUAACCAAAUCCUGCGGUUACGUACGGUCGUGUUAGUGUGAAUCUGCGUUCCAUUCAGAGACGAUUGUUGGAUAUUCCUGUGAUAUCAAGUUGCAACAAAAAAUGCAUGCAUUUACUACAUGUAUUAUGUUUGGAAAAUUACAUACAAGGAAAGAAAAUGUUUUUUUUUUUUUGUCAACAGUCUUUUCGCAACCAAAUUGCGAUGCUAUGCAAUGCUAGCAUUAGUUCUGUAGGUGUGCGGUUAACAGACCGGAGCAUUCAGCGUGUUAUAUACAUAUUUUCUAAACAUUUUGUACAGAGCCCUGCUCAUGCCAUGCAGAAAAAAUACAUAUAUCAUGGCCACGAAUGAAGAAUUUGUUUCUAUGACUAAUUAAUUUGUUCCCUUUUUUUGUAAAUCGUGGCCACACUGUACUAAUUCGUUCUCUCGUUUUAGUAAAUUGUGGCCAUGUUGUACUAAUUCGUUCUCUCUUUUA